GCUUGCUUAUUUUUAGCCAGACUAUCAAAGUAUUUUUCAACUGGACUGUCACUGCACUUGAACUUGGAAUCCUGUGACCUGAAGAACUGCAUUGGAGAAAAGGAAAAACUUCUGACAAAUGGGGAAUUAUAAAUCUAGACCAACCCAAACUUGUACUGACGAAUGGAAGAAGAAAGUCAGUGAAUCUUAUGUUAUUAUAAUAGGAAGAUUAAAAGAUGACCUGCAGAUCAAGGAAAAAGAAUUUACAGAACUAAGGAAUAUAUUUGGCUCUGAUGAAGCCUUCAAUAAAGUCAAUUUAAAUUACCGCACUGAAAAUGGCCUGUCACUACUAUAUUUAUGCUGCAUUUGUGGGAGCAACAAGUCACAUAUUCAAACCCUUAUGUUAAAAGGGCUCCGCCCAUCUCGACUGACAAGAAAUGGAUUUACAGCAUUGCAUUUGGCAGUUUACAAGGACAGUGCAGAAUUGAUCACAUCCCUAAUUCACAGUGGAGCUGAUAUACAGCAAGCUGAAUACGGUGGCCUUACUGCUCUCCACAUUGCUGUGAUAGCUGGUCACCUAGAGGCUGCUGAUGUGUUAUUGCAACAUGGUGCUAAUGUCAAUGUUCAAGAUGCAGUUUUUUUUACUCCAUUGCACAUUGCAGCAUACUACAGGCAUGAACAGGUAACCCGCCUCCUUUUGAAAUUUGGUGCUGAUGUAAAUGUAAGUGGUGAAGUUGGAGAUAGACCUCUCCACCUAGCAUCUGCAAAGGGAUUCUUUAAUAUUGCAAAACUUCUGAUGGAAGAUGGAAGCAAAGCAGAUGUGAAUGCUCAGGAUAAUGAAGACCACGUCCCACUCCAUUUCUGUUCUCGAUUCGGACACCACGAUAUAGUGAAGUACCUGCUCCAAAGUGAUUUGGAAGUUCAGCCUCAUGUUGUUAAUAUCUAUGGAGACACCCCUUUGCACCUGGCAUGCUACAAUGGCAAAUUUGAAGUUGUUAAGGAAAUCAUUCAAAUAAUGGGAACAGAAAGACUGACUAAGGAAAACAUCUUCAGUGAAACAGCUUUUCACAGUGCUUGUACCUAUGGAAAGAGCAUUGAUCUGGUUAAAUUUCUUCUUGAUCAGAAUGUUGUAAAUAUCAAUCACCAAGGAAGAGAUGGCCAUACAGGAUUACACUCUGCUUGCUACCAUGGUCACAUUCGCCUGGUUCAGUUCUUACUGGAUAAUGGAGCUGAUAUGAAUCUAGUAGCUUGUGAUCCCAGCAGGUCUAGUGGUGAAAAAGAUGAGCAGACAUGUUUGAUGUGGGCUUAUGAAAAGGGCCAUGAUGCCAUUGUCACACUCCUGAAGCAUUAUAAGAGACCCCAGGAUGAACUGCCCUGCAAUAAAUAUUCUCAGCCUGGAGGAGAUGGCUCCUAUGUGUCUGUUCCAUCCCUAUUGGGGAAGAUUAAAAGCAUGACAAAAGAGAAAGCUGAUGUUCUCCUCCUAAGGGCUGGAUUGCCUUCACAUUUCCAUCUUCAACUCUCAGAAAUUGAGUUCCAUGAGAUUAUUGGCUCAGGAUCUUUUGGGAAAGUAUAUAAAGGACGAUGCAGAAAUAAAAUAGUGGCUAUAAAACAUUAUCGGGCCAACACUUACUGCUCCAAAUCAGAUGUGGAUAUGUUUUGCAGAGAGGUGUCUAUUCUCUGCCAGCUCAAUCAUCCCUGUGUAAUUCACUUUGUGGGUGCUUGCUUGAAUGAUCCCAGCCAAUUUGCCAUCGUCACUCAGUACAUAUCAGGAGGUUCUCUGUUUUCCCUCCUUCAUGAGCAAAAGAGGAUUCUUGAUUUGCAGUCUAAAUUAAUUAUUGCAGUAGAUGUUGCCAAAGGUAUGGAAUACCUUCACAACCUGACACAGCCAAUUAUACACCGUGACUUGAACAGGUAUUUUUUUUUUCCUAAUAAUGAACUUAGAAUUGUCUGACUGACUAGUAGCCUAAGAUAGAUUCAAUAAAGAUACAUUUUAGAUUUACUGCAGAUGAGUAUUUUCUCCCUACUCUGUGAACAAGGAAUUGGGCUAUCAUAAGCCUAGGCAAUAGAAAGUUUUGUCUUUUACCAAAAUAGAAGGCUAUAUAAAAGUGCUUCUCAGGCAUCUUCCAAAUCUAGAAAGAAUUUCCAGAAAGAGUGCUGCUUGUGAGAUGUGCCAACAAACUAUAAUCAUGUGCCUCAUGACAGUGUAUUCAUGAGAGUGGAGCCAAGGUCCCAUAAAAUUAUAAUGGAGCUGAAAAAUUAUUAUAACUCAGUGACAUUGCAGCCAUGGUAAAGUGGUGCACCAUGUUACUCAGGUUUGUGGCAGUACUGAUGUGAAAAACCUAUAAUAUUGCAAGUAUAAAAAAGCAUAGCACAAGUAUAGCACAAUUAUCAUUUUGAUAAUGAUAAUUUAGCAACUACAUUCCUGGUUUAAAUAUUGGUAUUAUACUUUUUAUUAUAAUUUUAAACUACCACUUUGACUUAUUAAAAAAAUUACUGUAAAACAAUAUGGCAUGUUAUGCUGGAGCAGACCUCAUAUAUCUCAUGUUUACUGCAUCUCAUGCAUCAAGAGACCAUAUUUAGUGAUUGACUUAUAUCAUCUAGGUUCAUAUAAGUACACUCUGUGAUGUUUGCCCAAUGACAAAAUCACCCCUAAAAAUCCAUUUCUCAGAACAUAUCCUCAUUCUUAAGCAAACACAUGAUUGUACUUUCCAGGUAAGGAAGAUCAGAUCAAGAAUUAAGCUCAUUGACUCCUAAAGACUGUCUCAUACAAAGUCACUUGUUAGAGGAGGACCCUAUUUGAAGUAAUACUUUGUGCUACUAUUUUGGUAUUUUGGAAUUAGUGAAUUCAGCCAAACUAGAGCAGGUUGUUUACCUAGUUUUCAUGUGAAGAGGCUUUCAUGAGAAAUAGAGACUUGAAACAAAGGUAGAAUCAAAGUGCCCCCAUGGUGGAAACUCAGGGGAUUUCAAAAAGUUUUCUUGGGCUGGGGAUGUGGCUCAAGCUGUAGCGCGCUCACCUGGCAUGUGUGCGGCUCAGGUUCGAUCCCCAGCACCACAUACAAAACAAAGAUGCUGUGUCUGCCGAAAAAUUAAAAAAUAAAUAUUAAAUAUUCUCUCUCUCUCUCUCU